AGGAGAACAGAGGGGAAUAAAGAGGGAGGAAGAGAGAAGUACUAAUCUGUGCUCCUGGGCAGGACAGUCUGCCGGUGGUGACAACUCUUUAUUACUCUUUAUUACUCUUUCUUCUCGUCUGGAUUCUCUCUGUUGCAUCUUUGGAGAAGUCGAAUGGCACAGAUUAAGACUAAAGAGAGUCCCACAACUGGGCACAGUUCAAGAAAGUGUCGUGGAACUGAGUGAGAAGAGGAUAGAGGCAGUUUUACCCCCAUCUUUUAGGAUCUGCAGGCUUUUUUUCUCUGUGGAAGAAUGGGGGCUGGAGCUAUGACCAUCUGUCACAGCAAGACAGCGGUGCUGGUCAAAGAGGACAUGAAGAAGAUGGUCCAGAUGCCCAUCCUGAGAUCAAGAUCAGUGGCUGCCAAGCACACCAAGCUGUUUGGAGCCAGCCUGUAUGAGCUGGGAGAGCUGGGCCUGCUGGAGGAUGGAGUGCCCCUGGUGGUGCGGAGGAUGGUGGAGCAUCUCCACAAGUAUGCGCUGCAUCAAGAGGGUUUGUUCAGAGUAAACGGCAACGUCCGUGCUGUGGAGACACUGAAACAGCGGCUGGAGAGCGGCGAUGACGUGGACCUCCUCUCAGAAUCAGAUCUGUGCACUGUGGCUAGCUUGCUCAAACGGUACCUCAGAGACCUGCCGGAGGGCCUGGUAGACCCCACCGUCCAACAGGCUCUAAUUCAGCACUACAGAGAAUGUGGCGAGGAUGGCUCCUGUUCAGAUAUCAGAGAGCUGCUGCUACAGCUUCCAGAGAGCCACCUCGGCCUCCUGCGAUACCUCUGCCACUUCCUGACUCUGGUGGAGAGGAACCAUGAGGACAACCGCAUGACGGCCUUUAACCUAGCCACUGUGUUUGGACCCACUGUUUUUCAUGUAACUGCUGGUUUCGAAGCACUGAUGGACCAAAAUAUCUGCAACAAGAUCAUGGUCAAACUCAUCCAGAACUACAGCGGUAUCUUUGAGCCCAGCGCAGACAAAGACAAGGAGGAGUGCGGAGAAGAGCAGCCCGCGGUGAUCAUUGUUAAGGAUACUCACAUGAUGGAUGCAGAAAAAAGGACGUCGCCCGACCCACUCACCUCAGAGACAUCAACAACGGAGAUUAAAGUUGGACACCCAAACGGAGCAGGGAGUGAAGAGCUUGGGAAGAAAACCUCUGCCACUGUUCCAAAGACAACAAUAAGGAAAAAAAAGGUGAGAGAAGGGAGGAAUAAUGGCACGACUCAUUUUGUGUCCCAGCCGAGCCUGUCUCCCGGGAUGCGCCGUGCACGGCCUUUCUCCAUACCAAUAGUUUUACCCCUAACCUCAGAGCGGAGGAGCUCCAGCUCAGAGCCGGCGGAUACCAUUCCUCUGUUUCCACAAGACACUCCCUCUCACGUCGCGCACAUUGAUGUCCGGCUCUCUGGCAGUUCGGAGGGUCUCAGCAGCUCCCAAGAUGAGGAAAGGCCAAUAUCUCCUUUUUACAUGAGCAACCACCUCUCGCCUGUCCACUGCCAACCAGAUGUGGUAAACGUUCUGGACCAGACCAUCCGAUCUGCAGUGGAGAAGCACCUCUUUGACGUAAACCCUUUAGCAGAUCAACAUUCAGAGCCUUGUACCACAUUUCCUUCAAGCCCAAAGGUGACGCCAACUGCACGUCAGAGGCGACGGCUCCAGAGAGAACAACAGGAGGCGGACCUGGGUCUCAGGGAGAGAAGCAGAGCUUCAUCCACCAGAGCAGAAAACAAAAAAGGCUCCAUCCUAACAAACGGUGGCAGCAGCUCAGGCAACGUGGGGGAGGACACGGACAGCAGUCUGGACUCACAGGGAGGCCAGACUGGCUUCACUGGGCGAACCCCCAAACCCAGGAAGCCUAAUCACAGCCCAACUCCAGAGCAGCUCACCAACAAGCUGGUCGCCCACACAACGUUGAGGAUGAAGAUCCAGGAAUCGCCUGUCACCUGUGACACGGGGAGGGCCGGAGAGGUCCGGGGCUCGGACCCGGACUGCGAGGACGUGCCCCGGCUGGACCUGACGGCGCUGACCGAGGACAGCAGCUGGGGAGAGCCCGUGCCGGCGUACUCGCUGCAGAGGGAGAGCAUGGACCGCGAGGAGGCUCGACUCUCCCCGCACGCCGGGGGGCGUCUGAUCCGCCAGCUGGUGGAGGAGGACAGCGACCCGAUGGUGUCCCCUCGUUUCUACGCCUACGGACAGUGCCAGCAGUACCUGGACGACACAGAAGUGCCUCCCUCGCCGCCCAACGCUCACUCGUUUAUGAGCCGCAGGCGGAGUUCAUCUCUGGGAUCCUGUGAUGAUGAAAGAGAGGAGCUCACGUCCGCCCAGCUCACAAAGAGGAUUCAUGUGCUAAAGAAGAAGAUCCAGAGAUUUGAGGAGAGGUUUGAAGAGGACAGAAAAUACAGGCCCUCCCACAGUGAUAAGGCUGGAAACCCAGAGGUGCUGAGAUGGGUCAAUGAACUGGCCAGGCUCCGCAAGCAGCUGAAAGAAAGCAAGCUGAUGAAGUCCGAAGAGGACCUGCCGCCUCUGACCCGCCAGCGCAGCAACACGCUGCCCAAAAGCUUCGGCUCCCAGCUGGAAAAGAAGCUCCAGCAGGAGAAGGCGCCCAAGCCCCCGGUGGAGAGCACCCUGGAGGCCAUGCAGAAGAAGCUCCAGGAGAAGAGGGAGGAGGUGAACCGACCCGAGGACAUCAAGGAUAUGACACGGGAGCAAAUCGCAGCGGAGAAAGUGGCCCUGCAAAAAGCUCUUCUCUACUACGAGAGCAUCCACGGCCGACCAGUGACCAAGAGCGAGAGGCAGAUCAUGAAGCCGCUGUACGACCGAUACCGCCUGGUGAAGCAGAUCCUGUGCAGAGCCUCCACCAUCCCCGUCAUAGGCUCCCCCUCCAGCAAGCGCAGAGGCCCCCUCCUUCAGCCCAUUAUCGAGGGUGAAACCGCACUUUUCUUCGACGACAUCAAGGAGGAGGAGGACGGCUCAGAGGACGACGCAGACACACAGACGGAGUUCACCGUCACCGUCCGGCCAGACCUCAGCGUGCUCAGCUUCCUGGAGCACAUGGACGAGGAAGCGGAUGGCUUCAUUUCACCCGUGGACGAACUGUCGCCCUCCAAGAACACCACAGACACAAGGCUGUCCAACCUGCAUUCUGCCAACAUGGAGGAGCUGGUGGAGCAACUUCAGGAAGCAAGAGAGGAGAAGAAGAGGAUCCGCAAGAACCUGAAGGAGUUUGAGGACCAGUUCUUUAGACAAAACGGAAGGACUGUCCAGAAGGAGGACCGCACCCCACUGGCAGUGGAGUACCACGAAUACAAACACAUCAAAGCCAAACUGCGGCUGCUGGAGGUGCUCAUCAGCAAAAGAGACUCCUCCAAGUUCAUUUAAGGCAAACUUAAAGACUCUACAAGAGGACUAUUGCUCAGAUUUCAGAGACAAAGUCAAACGCUUCUCACUCAGAUGGGUGGCAAAGGUGGGACGUUCCUUCACGCUGUUGUGGAAACGGCCAAGCUUCUCCACACAGAGACAUACAGUGCACAGAUUACCUAAAUUGCAUUUAAUUUAUUUCUACCAAUUUUCGUCAAUUUUGAUUAGGAAUCAAGGAAUUGUUAAAGAAAACAUUCAGAAGUAAAAGUUUAAAAAAAUAGACAUAAAAUUGUUAUUUUUGAAGAAUUCUUUGAAGAUGUGUAUUUAUGUUUUUUUCAAGGGAGAUCCUACUGUUUGUUUCGGUUAGAUGGUAUUCCCUUAAUGAAUACGUUUCUUGAUUUCAGUCCUGACCACUCUGUACUGUCUAAAAUAAUCAUUUGGCUCAUUUAUCAGAAAUUGAAUUGAGUAUUUGUUCACUAAAAGAAGUAGUUUUCUUUAUCAGUGCAACCCAAAGACAGGCUGAGACACAAACCAAAUGUCCAUUAUGUUCAGUAAAACAUAGUAAGCUUGUUUUUGUAAAAACAGGUACUUACUUCAGCAUUUGACUGUGUGUUGUGUGCGUCGACAUGCUUCACCUCACCUUUUCUUUAUGUUCAAAUAAGCUAUUUUUUCUCAAAUCACUGGUAUGUGUUUGCACACUUUGAUUAAUACAGAUGAGGCCAGGGGUGUGGAGGUGAGAAACGGCUGCUAGAAUCCACUGUGGUCUGUGUCCCCUUCCUCUCCAGUGCUUGUUUGUUUUCCUGUAAAUAUGGAUCACUAAGUAUGUUUACAUUUCUGUGAGCGAGUCCUUUUCUCCAUUAUUUCUCCAAAGUGGAUGAUUAUCAGUGUCAAUUUAGUUUUCACUGAACACAAACACUGGCCAGGCUUGUUGAAUCUCGAGUGUGUACAUUUUAGUACAUAAAUUGUAUUUUGUAUAUAAAAUGAAUAAAAUAUUUUUACUGACAUUGCA